UUACGGUCCAUGAGUGCGUCAAAAGUUCAAAAGGUAUCAUCAUUUCAUUUAUAUGGCAGUUAUUCUUCCGAUUUUCCUACUACAAAAAUCUAGACCUCACUAGUCCAUAUCCCUCCUUCUAAGUAAUUUUCGCAAUCCUAAUUUCUAGGCCAGAGAUAUGACAACCACUCACACCAUGCAUUACAUAACGAAACCACCUUGUGAUCCUAAAAUAAUGACUUUCGGAGCAUUUCACACUGAUCAUAUGUUAGAAAUUGAUUGGACUGAAAAAAUGGGGUAAUCAAGUCAAUAUUAUGGUUAGUUGGUCACGUCCUUAGAUUAUUCCUUUUAAAAGCUUUUCCAUCCACCCAUUUGCUGCAUGCUUACAUUAUGCCAUUGAGUGUUUUGAAGGAGCUAAAGUAUUUUGAAAAAUGGAUUAUUAUUAGGCAUACAAAGGUCCAAACAAGACUAUCAGAACCUUUAGAUUGGAUUGCAAUAUGUACAGAAUGAAACAGUCAGCAAAGAGACUUUCUUUGCCUGACUUUGAUGGGGCAGAAUUAUAAAAAUGCAUUGAAGGUUUAUUGAAAGUGGAUCAGGAUUGGAUACCUGACAGACCAGGAUUUAGUUGUUACAUAAGACCAACCAUCAUAGCAACAGAGGAAGCUUUAGGAGUGAGAGCAUCCAGCAGAGCAAAAUUGUUUGUUGUUUUAUGUCCUGUGGGUCCAUAUUUCCCAUCUGGUCUAAAACCAGUUAGAGUAUUUUGUAAUACCACAACAGUAAUAAUUUGCUUGUAUAAAAUAGAUUCGUUCAGCUCCAGGAGGCGUUGGAGGAUAUAAAGUUGCAGGUAAUUAUGCUCCCACCGUCAUGCCAUUGAAGGAAGUUUAAAAAAUUGGAUUCCAUCAAAAUUUGUGGAUGUUACCAGACGGAUUGGUUUAGGAGAUGGGAGUUUGCAAUUUGUUUUUCUUCUGGAAGAAUAAGCAAGGAGAAAGAGAAUUGGUUACUCCUCAACUCGAUGGUACCAUAUUGCCAGGAAUCGUCAGAGACUCAUUGCUUGUAUUAAAUUGAAAUUAAAUUCAGGAAUUAACCAGAGAGAUGAAAUAAUUCAAAGUUAUAGAAAAGAAGGUGUACAUCCAAGAAGUCAUCGAGGCAAUAAGUGAAGGAAGAGUAACAUAAAUCUCUCUAUAUGUAGAUGAUUGAAAUGUUCGGAUCAGGCACUGCUGUCAGCAUUCAACCAAUCGAAGCUAUUGGAUAUAAUGACUAAAUCUACGAAGUUAAGUAUGAUCCUAAGUUAAAUGCUGGUGAGUUGUCUCACUAGUUGUUUGAUAUGAUCACUGAGAUUCAAGUAUUCCUUCAUUAUUAUUCCUUUAGACUGGAAGCAAACCACAUAAAUGGAUUAAUGUUGUGUGAAUUAUUUUAUAAGUUUAUUAUUA